AUGAAUAUUAGCAAAAAGGGUCCAAUAGUGAACCCUGGGAAGUGUAGAUGUUGCGGUAUGAUUAAGAGGUGCCGCUUGAUAGAUUUCGAGUACGAAUCGUUCGGCAACAGAGAAGUGUACUCAGAGAUGUUUGUCGACUGUUUUGGUCUUGUUCUAUCCCAUCUCGAUGCAGAGGAGGCUGAACGGUUGAUUUGUGCGACAUGUGUGAUGAGAUUGAGAGAUGCUGUUGCAUUCAGACACCAGGUACUUCAGUGUGAAGAGCAGCUCCUUAGUGCUAAUGUGCAUAUACAUGAUGAGGGAGAAGAAAACAAGGUAAAAGUAGAAGUGGAUGUAAAGCAAGAGGCAGUAACAGUAGGAGUUGAGAUCAGUCCUGAUAACAAUGGAACUGAUGAACUGAUGAAUGAUGGCAGUGAUGGGUAUGAUGAUCAUCACAAUGACAUGGAACUAUCAGCUGAGAAUAUUGAGACAGAAUCAACAACCAUCAAAGACGAAUCCUCUCAAGUUGUAGAUAAGGUUAAAAAAACACGCCGUUUGCGUCGGUCGACGGCAGAUGGCACUAGUACAAUGAAACUAAAUACAUCUAUGCAGGCCGAUAUGCUUAAUAAACUACAGAGAAUGAAAGAAAAACUCAAGAAGAAGAAAUGCAAAGAGUUAAAAAAAUCCUCAAAAGCAACUCAACCAGACGACCAUAAACCAAAGGUCCCACGUCCCCCAAUUUUGGACAAAGAAUUCAAUACACUACGAAAUACCCUCACUAUUAUAGAAAAUUCAUACGUCACGCCUUUUAUAGCUAUGUUCAGUGACUACCACUGCGUCUACUGUCGAGAAAUGUUCAUCAAACCAGAGAAACUUCGAGAACAUACCUUGGAACACGACCCGAGAACUUACCAAGAAUUCAUAAAUCCCAGAAAAAUGUCUUUAGUCGAUAUAGAAAGAAUCGAUUGUCGAUUAUGUCAAGCUCAAAUCGAUAGUAUCGAUUCGUUUAAAGAGCAUAUCACUACGGUACACAACAAAACAAUAUAUAAAGAUGUCGAUUGUGAAUUUAUUAAAUUUAAAUUGAAGGUCGGGAAAUUGAACUGUGUCGAGUGUGAAAAGCCGUUUAAUUUUUUCCAAGCGCUAAAGAAACACAUGGCGGAACAUUUUGGAACAUACAUCUGUGAUGAAUGCGGAGCACAUUAUUUCGAAGAGAGACAUUUGGUGUUUCAUAAAAAAACUCACAUUUCAAACCGGAGUGUUGAGAUGUUUCCUUGCUCAGAAUGCGAAAAAACAUUUCGUUCAAAGAAUUCACGAAAUUUCCAUAUUGCUAGGAUACACAAAAAUGAGGCUGCAUACCCUUGCAAUAAGUGUGAUGAGGUUUUCAUCUCCUAUCAUAUGAGGUAUAGACACAAAAUGAACGUCCACGGCGAGAAACGAGAAUUUCCUUGCGAGAACUGCGAUAAAGUGUACGAUUCUCGCAAAACUCUCAGAGACCAUUAUCAGAGAACUCAUUUACAGCUGUUGAGGCACGAGUGUUCUCUAUGCGACAAAAAGUUUUACCUCCCCUCGGCUCUCAGAGAUCACAUGACGUCACACACCGGUGAGAGGCUGUACAGAUGUGAUUAUUGUGGGAAAAACUACCCUAGGAAGAAAGCUUUAAAGGUGCAUUUACAAUCUCAUAAUACAGAAAAGAAAUAUAAGUGUAGCUUCUGUCCCUCUUCGUACACUCAAGCGAAUAAUUUUAAGAAUCAUAUGAGGAGUAAGCAUCCCAUGCAACCCGAAUAUAGUGAAGGAUAUACUUAG